CCCAUAUCUCCGUUUUCUUGACUUCUUGCUUUUGCCUGGGCUAUUUUGUGGGGAAAGGCUCCCCAGCGAGCAACAGUAACAGCGCAAUUCGCACCGUAGCUUAGCGUUGAUCUGGGUCCCCGGACUGCACUAAUUUCUGCUCGCCGCCCGCUGCAUUCAAUCGCACAACCGCUGGCAAGGACGUCAUUCCUGCUGCGACUCGCCUCCUCCGCAUCUCCUCCCAACACACCACGCUCUUUCUCCCGCCACCGUCGACAUCAUCAUCACCAACAACAGAGCUCUCCUCGUGCUACAUCAUAUUGCCUUUAUCUGCAGCUGCCAGCCCUCCUCGUUCGCUACCUGACACAUCACCAGAGCGCCCAGCCUGUGGUUCGCCCCGCCCGACAGCACAAGGCAACUUGGGACCAUCUUCCUGCCGCCUAUGCGGUCGCUGCACGUCGACGCUAUCUUUAUUUAAUCUCGUCACGAUAUAAAGCAGUCAUAUUUGCGCUGUAAAAAGGCCGUUGCAAUUUUGAACAGCGCUUCGGCUGGAGCUCCGUCGACAUGGCGGUAAAAGAGGACAAUGUCUAUUACCCGACCGAUUCCAUCAUCUCCAAACGUGGUAGGCGCCACUAUCGGGUUCCUGUUCGCUCGCAACACUGGCAGCUUCGGUCCCUCAUCAGCGCUGAGCGACGGCACUUGAUAUAUUUUCCCGGUGGCACCCACAGCAAACAAAUACAACGCCUCAAUACAAUGACACAUGAAUGCGAAACUCUCAAGGUGCUCAACUUUGCGCCCAGAUGUCUCGUCGCCGAUAAUGGCUGGCUAUGUUGCGGGAGUGAAAAAGGUGACUUUGUUGCUAUGCGGUUAGACGAAGAUAUUGACGGUGAUGCUGUUGGGGCAUCUCUGGGUCUCGAUCUUGACACCGCUCUUGAUACAAGAAUGGAGAUAUCCAGGGAGGAAAGCCUUCUAUCACUCAUUACACAAGGCAGACGACCGAACAAGAACCUCAACGCAAAGAGCAUGAGACUUGCGAAGGAGCGAGUCAACUGCAUCACGCUAUGGUUUCCAGACUUGCGUGUGCCUGCGGGCGAAGGUGCAUACAAGGAAUCGGUGGCUGUGCUGGCUGACAAUGUUGGUAAUGUCACACUGAUUGGCCUCAGAGAUUUUGAGCAGAAUGAUAAGGCUGAGCCACUGGACGUCAUCAACUACCCAGAUUUCGUCAACAGAGCACUCUUAUCACCGGAUGGUCGCAUGCUUAUUGCGAUACUGGACGAUCCAUAUUUAUACAUUCACGUCAGAGAGGAAAAACCCCUCGAUGCCUCAUCGACAUCACGCACGCCUCAAUAUCACUGGCGCCAGCGCCAGCGAAUCUUUCUCACCAGCCAGCUGAAGGAGGAUAGAUCUGACAGUCGCGGCAGUUUUGCGGCUUGCUUCUCGAACUCUGGGGCACUCCUGGCUGUGGGAACGCAACACGGCACCAUUUCCAUAUUCGACACGACGCUGUUGGAUAACCCGUUGGCCGACCCUCUCAUCACAACCUUCAAGUCGUCACGACCUGAAAGUGGUCCAGGUGCAAUUCGAGACAUGUCCUUUUGUCCAGGACCGUUUGAUAUUCUGGCAUGGACUGAAGAUCGUGGUCAUGUUGGCAUAGCCGAUGUGAGAGCCAACUUCAACAUGCGCCAGAUUCUGGAUAUCGCAGUUGAGGCUGAGUUUGAUCAUAUCAACAUUUUUGACCGCAACACCAUUGACCCAAGAUUGUUGGAUUCUCAAACCGCUACCAGGCGUGAUCUUCUUGCGAUGCAAGCCAACAAUGCUGGCUCGCCUCGUCAUGGUGAAUCAUCGGAAUCUUUCAACCAGCCUUUGACUGCUACAGAAACAGUCGUUCUUGAAGCGUUGCAAGAUGAUCGCCUUCGCAGAGAUCGUGCAAGAGGAGGUACAGAUGGUGGAGAACGGCCUGUGCCGGAUUUGUCAUGGACCUAUCUAUCGAGUCUCCGCCCCCCAGCAGAUGGAGAUACGGGAAGCCGACUCCCUAGACGCAGCACAUCAGUAACCCGUGGCGUUCGUAGCACCUCGUCCUCUCGGGCACAACGAAGUGCUCUUGAUGACUAUCUAGACCAGCGAGAAAGGGCGCGAAAUAGGCAGCAAGGCGCUCGUGACUCAACUGAGCGCCUGCCUGCUAUGCGUCGAACCGAUCCUCGGUGGAUUGAUCGCCUGGGCGAAACCGUUGCUGCUAUGCGUGAUCAACGUGAUAGAAACCAGCGAGACGGGCAAGAUCGAUCUGAUGCAUCAUAUCUGAAUGUUCUGGAGAUUUUGCAAGCCCGAGAGCGAGCUACCGCCGAUGGCGAAAAUGAAGACGGAUCACUCUUGGUUCCGCUUGUGAACCAAGUGGUCAAUCGAUGGGAGGAGAGCGCUAUGCGAAACACGCUACCUGUUGGAACAGCAGUGGCUAUUGAUCACGGCGUGUUUGAAGUUCCCCCAUCUCGAGAUAACACGGCCGGGCUGGCCUGGAGCGAAGAUGGGCGUACCAUGUUUGUGGGAGCGCAAGACGGUAUAUAUGAAUUCCACGUCAACACACAUAAUCGCAAGUUCUUCCCAGGCUUCAGGUUGAGCUAAGCCCCCUUUUGUACAACACAACCAGCAACUGUUGUUCGUCUCCCACGGCGAAAACAUUCCUCUACAGUAUCAUUACUUUACCUUGUAGCUUUGCGCUCUUGCGCAAGGCUCUGUACUAUGGCAUGCUAUAUGACGACUAGGCGAUCUGAUGAGAUUUCGACUUGCUACUUUUUUUGGUCAAAUAUUUUGUUUCUUUUUAACGUUCGUUUCUUUUUCUUUUUUGGCAAGGCGGCUAUGAUACCUCAGAAUACUUUAUUUCCAAUUAUAUGCAUAAUCUUACAAACAUUAGUUAACUUGUCUACCGUGGAGUAAACUAUCAACCAUCUCGGCAAUCGCCAGACUGCUCGUUAAACCAGGGCUCUCGAUACCCAAAAGAUUUACCCAGCCCUCGUAGCCCUCUUCCUUGCGGAUGAUGAAGUCAUGGAAACCACCAGCUUGGCCGACGGCGCCCGGGCCAGCCAGUUUCGGUCGCAUCCCAGCGUAAUCUGGCUCUAGAGCAGAUGCAUCGAUGCUAGGCAGGUACUUUUUGAUCUCAGCUACGGCUUCCGUCAACCGAGAUGCGUUGACGGCCAAGUCGUCAGGAGACUCUACCCAUUCUACAUCUGGACCAAAGCGCAUUCGCCCGCCUAGGUCAAGUGUAAGAUGUGUUCCCAAGCCGCCCACACUCGGGUCUGGAGCGGGAUAUAUCAGACGCGAGACGGACGGCGAGGACGCCGAAUAUGAAAAGUAGUUGCCCUUGGCGUAGGAUAAAUGUUUCUGAAAUGUCUCUGGCACAAUCAUGUUGUGGAUAUGUGCUGCCCCGAGUCCUGCAGAGUUGAUAAUUGUUUCUGCCGUAAUCGUCGACAGCUCGCCCGUAGACCCGUCCGUCACAUCCGCCUCCCAACCAGAACUUCCUGGCACAGCACUACCCAGCGGACGUACACCUUGCACAAGAGAAUUGAGGGCGACAACCCCGCCAUCCUCCUCAAACAGACCUAGCAAGCUAGUCAUGAGUCCGUGCGAGUCUACAAUGCCCGUUGUAGGACUCUCUAGUGCACCCGCAUCAGCUCGGACGCCCUCGCCAUUGCGCGCUAUCUCUUGCUGUGAGACCCAACGGACCGGAACACCGAUGUCAUCUGUGCAGAGCUUGUACACCUUCUCGAGCGCCUCUCUUUGGCGGUCAUUCUGCGCCACUAUCCACUUGCCGGUCCGUCUGUGAGCGACAUUGUGCUUUUCGCAGUGGUCAUAGAGCAGCCCCUUGCCGCGGAUGCAAAGCCGCGACUUGAGCGACGUAGCGCCGUAGUAGAUGCCCGCAUGGAUGACCUCACUGUUUCGGGCGCUGGUUUCGGUACCAACGGCACCAUGGCGUUCAAUUAGGACAACUGAAGAGCCGGUACGGCGUGCCAAUUGUCUCGCCGUAGCGAUGCCGACGACGCCACCGCCGAUGACCUGCAGGCGAGGUUAGCACAUUUGCUGGAACGAUGUUGUUGCCGUCUGCAUGGAGCAUAGUAUGAAAAGGUGUAUGAAACAUAGACAGCGAGUGCCGAUUAUCCAUGGCAGAUUGGGGGGAACUUUAUGCCAUCGGCGCGGCUCUUGUGGUCUCCGGCAUCUGGGCUGUGGGUGAUGAAACACUAUUCGCAACGGGCGUUCGCGG